ACGCUAAUCCGAUAAAACUUCUGUCAAACGUAUAAAUACGAUGGCAUUUAAAGUAUAGUCGUAUUUCUUGCCAAGUCUUAAAGAAAUAAUUUCACUCGAGAUGAUGUUAAAGGCACUUUUUAUUGUUCUGAUCGGAUGUGCCGUAGCUUUUGCUAGCCCUGUCAAACGAGAUGCUUUGGCAGAAAGGUCUAUUGCUAAGGAAGUAACUAAAAUUGGUUCUGGAUUCAAAGAACUAAUCAAGGAAAUAUUUGCAGCAAUUGUAGGACAGAUUGGUGGAGCGAUCGCGGAUAAUCUGCAGGGGGCAUUCCGUAAGCUUGGAGAACGUCUGCACACCAAGGAAUACAAAGAAGGAGUUCAAGAAUUUUUUGAAACUAUGCAGAAAUUGGAGGAAGCUGAGGACAAGCUUUAAAACGACAAAGAAACUCAAGAAUACUUCGAGAAGGAAGCUGAUAAGGUUGGCGAAGCUUUCUUUUAUUUGGUUGAGCAGGCCUACGAGAAGAUCAAGAACAACGAAGAAGGUACCGUGAAUGCUGAAGAAUUCAAGAAAGUCGUGGACGAAUUCAAGCAAAAGGUAGACAAAGUUUUGUAAAUCAGACGAUAACCUUUUUGUCGUAUUCAUAUAGCUGAAUGUAAUAUUUUUCAUGUUGAUACUGUAAAUAAACUAUAGCGUUUGAAAUCA